GGAUGGGGGUAUUAAGCUUUCAAGUACUCGUACCUCUGAGGUGUCGUUCCUGCCGUGCGUGCAAUGGCAGCAGCUCAUCUAUCUGAUGAUCACAGUAUAUACAAUUCCAUAGCCGUUUUAUUUUUUUUUAUUUAUAACGUGUCCACUGUCUGUGCCACACGCCUCGAAAAAUAACGAAACCACUACACUAAGUCAGGAGAAUCAAAAAAGUGAAAGGACCUUUGAUUGCUUGAUACAAUGUGAAAGUGAAAUUCAGUAAUUCAAAAAAUUGUUUGUCAAACAAGACUUUAACGUGAUUAAAUGGUCAACUCAGAAAAUAGUCGCUAGGAAUCAUGAUGGAAAAUUACUGCUCCAAGCCGUCAACGCUGCAGCACAACAUACUAUUUAUUGUGCUGUGAAAAAUCGAUUUUAGUUAUCCUGUGCUGUCAUAUCCCGAGCUUUCGCUUUCGCUUUCGCUUUCGAUAUCGCUUUCACAUUGUAGUGCAAACAAACCCUAGCUGACAGCAGGCCACUUUUGAUGAGGUUCAUGUAGCGUUGAGGAGCGUUGGAAUAACUACCAUCUUACGCAUGAACAAAGAUGAUUGUUACAUCUGCUUCUGGCGUGGAUAGCACUCCUACGUUGGGUACGGUUGAGGUCACCACUCUCCUGGGUGUGUUUUUCGGUGUUCUCGUCCUGCUGCUCCUGCUGUUCCUGUACAUAAGCCGCAAGUGCUGCUUUCACCAUCGCCAUGGCAUCAACUGCUGCGACGAGCGUCACCUGGCAGCCAAAUGUGUGCAAAAGAUCACACGCAAGCGACGCUACGAGAACACCAGCUCCGACUCGGAGGAGGACAUCUUGCGCCGGCUGCGAUGGCAUCAGCAAAAUCAGCACAGCGACAAGCCCAUUGGAUACGGGAUGAGCAUCAGCCAAGCCAACCCACUGACAGCGCACAGCUUCAAUUAUCAUCAAUCCGACGCUGACCUGCAGAGGGUGACCGUAACGCGUGACCCUUUGGCAAUUGCCGAAAGGGGCAAGGUCGGCAUUCCAUCGUCUCACAGCGAGUGCAGCUCGAAUGACUCCAUGGAGGCAUCUGUUGACAGUCAUACUGGCAUCUUGACGGGCGAGACCAAGGCGCAUCCAGUUACCGCUUUUAGGAAUCCAUAUACGGACAAUCGGGCUAAGACACACCACUCCCAGAGAUACCAUCACAGGGUGGAGGUUUUGCCGCCGAAACUGGAGAAGGAUAAUGCUGUGGUGGUGAUGCCUGUGGCCAAUAGCUUCAUUAACAACAACAAUACUACUAUUCCCAACAACAACAACAACAACGAUGACGAACCCCUGUUCGACACCAGCGAUCUGCGCUCUGUCAAGUCGGAUGACAUGCUGGUGGGCGACUCGAAGGCCCCAGCCUCUCGGGGACCCAUCGAGCUGGAGAUGUCGCUGCUGUACGAUGCGCCGAUGCGGAAAAUGACGGUCCACGUGAUGCAGGCGCGAUGUCUGCCGCCGCUGGGCAACGGCCAGCAGACGCACACGCAGGUGCGUAUGCUGAUGCUGCCCAAUAAAAAGCAGAAGCACAAAACAAAAAUCCGCAGCGGGGAGAAUCCGCAGUACAUGGAGAGCUUCCUGCUGCAUCGUGUCAAUCCCGAGGACGUCAACAACAUGGGUCUGAGGGUGCGCCUCUACGGCUGCGAGCGACUGAGGAAGGAACGGUUGAUUGGAGAGGCGUAUGUAAGCUUUGCCACGGUCGACCUGGAGCUCGAGACCAACCUGUGGCUGCCGCUUGAGCCCCGCAACACCUCAUCAGUGCUGGGAUCGACGAGCGAUCUACUGAGCCUGGCGCGUUCGGAGAGCGCGGGCUCCACAUCAUCCAUGCAGCACGGCGGCGUCUCGGAACUGCUUCUGGGCCUCAGCUAUAAUGGUGUGACUGGCCGGCUGAGCGUGGAAAUCAUCAAGGGCAGCCAGUUCCGCAGCCUGUCUCUGAAUAAGGCGCCCGACACCUACGUGAAGAUGGUCAUGGUUAGCAGUAUUGGUCAGGAGAUUUCGCGCGCCAAGACCUCCAUUCGCAGGGGACAGCCCAAUCCGCUUUUUAAGGAGACAUUUGCGUUCCAGGUGGCCCUGUUCCAGCUGAACGACGUGACGCUGAUGAUCUCGGUGUAUGCCAAACGACACAUGAAGAAGAACGAAAUGGUCGGAUGGUUUAGCCUGGGCCUAAACUCUUCCGGACCAGAGGAGGUAGCUCAUUGGGCGGACGUAUGCGAAAUGCCGAAGGGCGAGAUGCUGGCCCGCUGGCACGUUCUGGUGGAUUCCUGAUUCGAGCAGUUGGGACAGUCUUCGACACGCAGCACCAAGGCGCUCAUGAAACUGGGCUUCGCUGCGUUCAAGGACAGGUCCAAGGAUAAACAUGCAAAGGAGUCGAGUCGGGACGAGGACAGCGAUCAAUUCCCUGCAGACAAUGCGGUUGCAGUCGAUAUUGAGCCGGGCCUGGAGCUUGAUUUUGUCUAGAACCAAAUAGGCUGAGUGUUCCAAGGUCAGUAUACAUUUUGUGUCUUGUUUUUAUGGGGUGCCGUAGUCGAUCGAAUCGAAUCGACUCGAAUGGAAGAAGAUUGAUUGUCUUGUGCCUGUGGCACACUUUAAAAACCAAUUUUUGAUAUCUGAACCGGAAUGUUUGGAUCUAACCCAAAAGUGGGCUAAAAAAUAUUUGUAAUUUGGAAACAAUUUGGAACACAUUUUUUGAUCAAAUGUGAAAUGUGAAAAAACAAACAACACAAAACAAAAAUGAAACCUAGAAUAUUAAAAUUUUGUACGCAAUGGUACGUAAAGUCCAUGAAAGAACAUAACUUAUUACUCAAAUUUGAACUUUAUAAUUGUUUGUGAUAAUGAAUACUAUACGCAUAGUCUACGCAUAGCCCAAGGGGCAGGCAAUACAUAAGAGUAGGACUGUGUAUUGUGUUUGGAGGAGCAUGGAACGCGUUCCAUGUUCUCAGAUGAACUCUCAGAUAUGUGGAUGUUCGAACGGGCGAAUUUUUGUAACUAAACCUUUCUGCAUAUUAUCUUAAAAAUAUUGAUUCCCGCAGGGGAACCGAACCCCAAUGUCUUAUAGGACUAGCACUUUUGUAUUACCAAGCAACAAAAUAGAAAGCUAUUAAAACAGAAAAUACUCGUAAAUAGGAAGAAUUCUAGUCAAUACAUAAGAGACAUGCAUACCCACAAAAGUACAUACAUACAUACAUACAUAAAACAUAACUAAUUCUUGAAAUUUUUAUCGAGAACCAUGGUCAUGUUCCAGUUUUGAUAUUUGAUAUGAUGAUAAAGAUAAAAAGAGUAUAAAUCUCGGUACCUUAGAAUUCAAACGCACAAAGAUCUAUUGUACAAGCUAAGGAAAGUUGGCAGACAGCCGGAGUUAAUAAUGAUGGUACACUAAAACCAUAUACUGGAACUAAAAGUAGGCUGGAGGAUAGAAAUAUAUUAACGUUCUGUUUGCAUACACAUAUUGUUGUAUAUAAGACACCGUGAUCUCUUUUGUAGCGUGUCUGGAAUUGUGGUUGAAACUCCCCGGAAGAUGCAAUAGGGUGGGAAAUGAGGGGAAGUACAUUGAAGUAAGUUUAACUUAUACACAGAGAAAAAGGAAAGCUUUACUAAAUAUCGGAUCUUAGUUAUUUUUUAAUUGUACAUUCGAAUCAAGUUUAAUCAAAGAAAGGAAAACAGAGAUGACAACUAUUAAACUAUUGCAAUGCUCAUGCAACCAAACUUAAUAUUAAUUUUGAUGUACAAUCGUGUUGAAUGGAUUUUGUAAUGCAUAGUAUUCGUAUCUUUUAAAAAAUCUAUAUGUUUUGAAUGUCAAAUAUUUUAUAGUCACGAUUCCCGUGAAUGUGUGUUUGUCGUUGCAAAAAUUGCGAUAUUUGUAUGUGUGUCUAACUAAAUCCUCUACUUCAUUUUGGAAGGCGAGUGGGGCUAAUCGCAAUCGCUCAAGUCAGUAUUACGCAAUUCAAAAUCAAGGA